UACGGCUGGAUGCGAAUCACUUUCGGUUUGGCUCUUGGCUCGACAGCAUCGUCGAUCCCAUCGAUUCCACCAUGGUUGUCGUUAUGCAUGUGAAUCCGGGUAGAAGCAAUGGUUGGACGCCGCUCCUCCUACUUGUGUGUCUAACAGUUACGCUGGGCACAACGAUUCCCGUGGGUUACUUCUUCGGCGUCCUCAACGCCCCGGCCGAGAUUAUCAAGAAAUGGUGCCAGGACAUCCUGGCCAGUGAGUACGACACUAUCGUCACGAGUGGCCAGUUGGACAUCCUCUGGACUAGUAUAGUGUCCAUCUACCUGAUCGGUGGCAUAUGCGGAUCCUGCUUCAGUGCUUUGUGCAGCGACAAAUAUGGCCGCAAGGGCUGUCUCUUGAUAAGCUGUGUGAUUCUGGUGAUCUCUGGCAUUCUGUUCAACUGGUGCCGUGCCGCCAAAUCCCUGGAGAUGAUAAUGGUGGGCCGCUUCCUAGGCGGCAUAGCUUCCGCUUUAAUCUUCACUGCCCAGCCCAUGUAUCUCCUGGAGGCCGCUCCUUCGGAACUGAGCGGCAGCGUUGGCGUCUUCACCUGCAUUGGAGUGACGGGUGGCAUAUUGCUGGCUCAAGUCUUCACCUUGUCCCAUUUACUGGGUAACGAGCGGCUAUGGCCAUACGCUCUGAGUGCCUACUCCUUGCUGGUGAUGGCAUCGAUGGUGCUCAUUUGGUGGUUCCCGGAGAGUCCUCGCUGGCUUUACCUCCAGAAAGGGGACACGUCAGGCAGUGAGAAUGCUCUGCGUCGUCUGAGGGGUAACGAUGCCGAGGAGGAAGUGCAGCGGGAACUGCAGGAGCUGAAAGCCACGCUGGAGGCCAAGGACACCAACAAAGCCAGUUCCCUAUGUUGUGUUCUAAAGAACAGGGAGCUGUGGAUGCCUCUCAUACUGGUGUGCUCCUUCCAGGCCACUCAACAACUCAGUGGAAUCAACGCGAUCUUUUUCUACUCCCUGGCGAUCCUGACGGAUGCUGGGUUCUCCUCGGGAGCAGCCACUUGGUUGAAUCUGGGAAUAGGUGGCUUCAAUCUGUGCACCUCGCUCCUGGGACCCUUCCUCAUACGGCGUUACCCCCGUCGUCCUCUGAUGAUGCUUUCGUGCUCCGUUUGUGGAAUUUCCCUGUUUGCCAUGUCCUUUGGCCUCUUUUACCUAAGUUCCUCAGGCAGUACGGUGUUGACCUAUUUCUGUGCCGGCUUCAUCCUGACCUUCAUUCUGGGCUUUCAGCUUGGUCUGGGCCCUAUAGCGUACUUUAUUGGAUCUGAGCUUUUAGAGGAUCAGCCUCGUCCUGUGGCCAUGUCAAUGGGCAGUCUCUUUUCCUGGAUUGGUAAUUUCCUGGUUGGGAUGUGCUUUCCCCUACUCCAGAGUGUCUGGAGCUCCUUUGCCUUUAUUCCGUGCAUGUGUGUGUGCUUCUACUGCCUAUUCCUCACGUGGCGAUAUCUACCGGAAACCCGAGGACGAGAUCCAAAGGACGUAAAGCCUCUAAUGAGCCAAGGAUUCGCCUCGAAGUUGAAGUAA